GCAAGCUUGCCUCGGGAACGCGCGCGAUGGCGGCAGAGGGCGACCGCCCAGCGAAGCUGCGGCGGGUGUCCCGCCUUCGCGCGGAACUGCCAUUCAUGCAUUGUAAUGCGAUGGCGCAAUUCCUGGCGUCCGUUAAGCGAGACGGAAUCCCCGAAUUGGGAUCCCGACGCCAGGAUAUCAGAGACGCUCGGGAGCUCAUGGUCGGUGAGAACACGCCGUACGGCAAGCUCCACCAGAACAUGAUAGUCGGGCAGCACACGGUGGAGAUCUGCAGUCCAGCAGCAAUGCUGUGGUAUUGCAGCGCCCUCCCCGCGAUGCAGCCUCUGUGGCAGCGGGCGCUGGAGCUGCCACGCCCGUGGCACAUCAUCAUUUACGGCGAUGAAAUAGGCGCUGGCAACGCGCUGGCGCAGGUGCAGAACCGCAAGUCCUGGGGCAUCUACUGGACGAUCGCGGAAUUCGGCCCGCAGGAUGCGUGGUUCCAGCUCGCGACGAUGCGGGCCAAGACCGCGAGCGACAUCCAGCCGCACGGACUGACGAUGCUACUGGACGCAAUCCUCGCGCAGUUCUGGCCUGAUCAGGGGCGCAACUUCAGCGCCGGCAUCAGCUUGCGGCUGCGCCCCGACGGCGCGACGGAGCUCAUCCAGAUGGACCUCGUUCGGGAUAUAGUUGCUUCUGAUGCGACGGGUGCCGCUGUUCACCACUCGGAACCAGAUGCGUCGCGGCUGCAGCCGAUGACGGCGCCGUUGCUCGAUGCCAUCUGCAACAUAUUGAUCGAAGGGGUCAACAUCAUGAACAAGGGCGAGUUCCAGGAGUUGGAGCGCCGACUUGGCUGGAACUGGGACCCACAUUUGCCUGAGCGGGUUCGGACACUCAAGCCGCUCGAGACAGUCAUGUUUGAUUGGAUGCAUUGUAUUUUCGUCAACGGUACAUAUAACAUUCUGGUGUUCCAAAUGUUUCGAAGGUUGAAGGGUUACUGGGCGCGCGCAGACGCAUAUUUCCAGGACUGGUCGUUUCCAGGGUGCCACUCCAUCUCCCCCGACACGUACGCGAUCUUCGGCGAGAAGCGCGUGAG